AUGACAUUCGCCUACCCGCGCAACACAAGCGCGUCCUCGCCUUCUUCGCUUCCAUUUUAUACCCCCAAACGCACAAAAUCCCCGAACUUUCUCAAUCGGGUUGCGGACUCAAUACCACCAGUCGCCAAGCAAUGGCUUUCCACCGGAGCUGCCCAUCGGAGAUGGAAGAGAACUAAAGAGGCGGGGUUCAAAGUCACAAUUGUCAAUUUUGUUAAGAGUAUUUUUACGAUUCCAAACGCGAUUAUCAUACUUUGGCUUUUGUCAAUUCGGUGGGGCGAACGCAGGGUAUUCGAGGACCAUAUAAACCAAUGUCUUUGGGACAGCUGGGAAGACUGGCCUCAAGACGCAACUCCACAUCACAUUGCCUUCAUCGCCGAUCCCCAGCUCGUUGAUCCUCAUACCUACCCCGGACGACCCUGGCCUCUGUCGACGUUGACAAUGCGAUACACGGACCAAUAUAUGCGCCGAUCAUUCUCCUUAAUCCAGGAACAUCUUGAGCCGGACUCAGUACUGUUGCUUGGCGAUCUUUUCGAUGGCGGCAGAGAAUGGGCCACCGCAACAUCUACCAGCCCUGAAGCUCGCUGGCAAGGUUACAAGGACUCUUAUUGGAAGAAAGAAUUUCGGCGAUUCACCAAGAUCUUCUUAGAUCCAUGGGAAAAAGCAAAUACCGCGCCUGUUGAUGGGCGAGGACGGAGGUUGAUCGCAAGUUUACCUGGGAACCAUGAUCUGGGUUUCGGGAAUGGAGUGCAGGAACCUGUCCGUGACCGAUUUGAGAGCUUCUUCGGAAAGACCAACCAGGUCAACGUGAUCGGCAAUCAUACCUUUGUAUCCGUCGAUUCGGUCUCGCUCAGCGCCAUGGACCAGCCUGACCCGUUGACAGGAAGCUCACCGACAUCCAGUGAUACGGGCCGCGCGAUACGUCCUAUAUGGAAAGAGGCGGAUGAAUUUCUGGACAAAAUGGCCAUUCACAAGGCCAAGGCGGAGAACGACGAGCUGAGAAUGCUCAGGAAUCAGAGUGAAGGGCACAUGUUCCAAUACCGCGUUGUCGAUGCCAUUGAGCCGACAAUUCACUACAAGCCAGAGCCAGUGAGCGCCGGCUUCCCGACUAUUCUCUUGACUCACGUUCCUCUCCACCGCAAUCCUGGGACCCCUUGCGGCCCACUGCGUGAGCAUUAUCCACCAUCUUCUCCAGGCGAGGAAUUGCAGAAUGACGAGCCGAAUGCGCUCAAGAUUUCCGGUGGAUACCAGUACCAGAACGUCCUGACGCAGACUGUUUCGACCGAAGUGGUAUCCAAAGCUGGACCCAACGUCGUGCAGGUCUACUCUGGAGAUGACCAUGAUUAUUGUGAAGUUUCUCACCGGGAGUUCAAUGGCUCGCCGAACGAAAUUACAGUGAAAAGUAUCUCUUGGGCGAUGGGAGUUCGCCGUCCCGGCUUCGUGCUCACAAGUCUCUGGCACCCGAUCGACCCUACGACGGGCAAGGCACUUCAAGAAGGAGUCCCAACUAUCCAAAACCACCUCUGCCUCCUCCCAGACCAGCUGGGAAUCUUCAUAUAUUACCUCACCAUCCUCGGUCUCAGCACCUCCAUUCUUGUUCUCCGUUCUAUCUACCUCGCGAUCUACGCGUCGCACCCCUUCAACGACACUGUGCUCCCCCUCACCGAAAACCGACGCGCCACCUAUCAAGCCCACACUUUCGGUGCGUCCAGCUCUACUACAUCAUCGGGCGGCUUGGCCAGCCGUGGUGGACCUUCAGCAGUUGCCCGCUAUCCCGGUACCAAAUCUCCACAAGAAUCAUACCGAUUAGAUGAUGACAUGGACCCUUCGCCCAAAGGUAAAGAGGGAUGGCGUCCAGCGUCAUCACAGCCACAGUCACGAUUCUCCCUGAUUGUGGGUGAAUUAAGCUCAUCCAUCCGACAUGUGGCGCAAGUGGUGCUGAUCGUCUAUUUCAUCCUAAUCUGGCGCUGGUAG